AUGGAGGAUCGACCCGACGUCGGCGCGUCAGCGGUCGAGCGCGCGGCGUGGGCGGGUGCGGAGGCCGUGGGGCGGGCGAUGGAGCUCACUGGGGGUGGAACUAAACCCGUCAUCGCCGGUGGCGCGCGUCCGAGCGACCGUAAGGAGGCUAUCGAAGCGAUAAGGGAGGAUUACGAUGAAAACUACUUCGUGAGUGGCGCCGGAAAGAUGCGAGCGUACGACGAUCAGUGCGAGUUCGCCGAUCCAUUUGCGUCGUUUCGAGGCGUAGAGCGUUUCAAACGAAAUGUGAGUAAUCUGGGAGGGUUGAUGCGGGACGUGGAUCUGAAGAUCACGUCCUUCGAGGAGACGAAGGAUGGGUUGCAGACGGAGUGGAAGUUUAGUUGCGUUCUCGAUCUUCCCUGGAGACCCCUGCUCGCGGCGAGCGGAGGGACCACGCACACGCUCAACGAUGAUCAUCUCGUCGUCAGACACUACGAGCGAUGGGACGUCGAGCCCGGUAAGGUUUUAAAGGCGUUGCUCAGACCGGCGUCGAAGAUACCGGAGAAUCAAGCGGAGGUGUUCAUGGCAUCGCUCACGAGCGGAGACGUCAUCGGAGCGUUGGGUGCCUCCGCGGGUGUUUUAUUGACCGUCUCCGCACCGAUUUGGGUGACCUCGGCGCUUCUUCGAGCCGUUACGCACACCGAGGCCACGGGACUGGAGUCCGCCUUUGGUGGUUUGUUCGUCUUGGCGUGCGCGGGGCAGAUCGCAAAAUUUCUCCGAGGAAUCGGGAUUAGCUAA